AGCCGAAGAUGCCGGCUCGGUCAUGUGAUCAGCUGUGUCCAAUCACAGCUGAUCACAUGGGACAUGUACACUGAUCAUCAGGGCACUGAUGAUCAGUGUGCCCUGAUGAUCAGUGUAGCCCAAGCAGUGCCACCUGUCAGUGUCCAUCAGUGCCAGCUCUCAGUGUUCAUCAGUGCCAUAUAUCAGUGCCUACCAGUGCACAUCAAUGCCACAUAUCACUGCCCAUCUGAGCUGCCUUUCAGUGCCACCUAUCAGUACCAGUCAGUGCCACCUAUCAGGGCCAAUCAGUGCCGCCUAUCAGUGCCAGUGAGUGCCGCCUAUCAGUGCCAGUGA